AUGGCUCCGACCACCUACGAGCCAGAGUUCCAGAAGCUUGCCUCGCCCGCCUCCAACUCUCCAAUUUCCGGAAGCGGAACGCCCGUUUCGUUUAGGGCCAACGUUAAUCGGACCAAAACAAAACGAUGGGUGGAAGCUAAGCAAGUUUCUUACGAUGGAGAUGACUGGGGAGACGAUGAUGAAGACGAUUAUGAAGAAGAGCCCCCUCCCGUGCCGCCGACGCACGUGUCGCAAAGGACUGGAAACAUAGCCGGUUUGCCCAGGCCAGCUUUUCCUGCGAUGGAUCGCUCGAGGUCGAUGGAUCACGUUCUCAUGGUGGAUCCGGAUGGAACGAGUGGAAGCCGUAGCCGUUCCGUGGAGGGCAGGCAGUUUGCUGGUCAGCCUCCAGACAGCAAACCAGCGCCUUUUGUUCGUCCGGCCGAUAUCUAUAAACGACUGCGGGAGGAUAGAGCAAGAGAUGGUAUGCCUGUUGCGACCCGUUCAAAUACGGCGCCGAUGGAAUCUUUUCCGACGGUUGCUGCGCAGGGACAAGAAACAAAGGAAGCUUCAAAUGUUGCUUCGAAGAAAUCCCAAAAUGUCCCGAUCAUUGGGCUCCCAGAUGUCAAGCGGUUGUCUGGGCUUAAUACGGACUUUUUGAGCGGGUCUGGAGACAAGAAUAGUAAUACACGGGAUGCCCAGAGUGGAGAACCCCAACAACACCAGUUACAGCAUAAUCCGUCCCUUGGCUUCCGAUCGGCUGUGAACCAAGCAUUUGACGUUCCUGAAACGCCUAGCUCCGCCGACGACAGUGUGGCGCGGUCGAACAGUGCGAGUACAUCGGCGAUCAGUCCCAUAAUACCCAGCCGCGGUCUAAAUGAUGAAAAGACUCCUACGAUUGUUGAAGAACCGGGUGAAAUGACCCCGAAAGAUACGACCGACCGAAACAUUGUAUUCAAACCUGGUCAUCGUCGCGAUUUGAGUGUUCCCAGUCCAGGUAAUAGUCCUUCAAGGAAACCCAAGAUCAUGGACAACGACCGAAUCCCACAGUCGGCGAUGGCGCAGCUUUCUUAUACGACGCCAUCAGAAUCGCUCGAAGACCAAACCUUACCAUAUUUGCGGCAGCCUAAAAGAACGUCUGUACAGCUACCCGCCACGUCUGGAAAAGAUCUGCCGCCUCCGUUGCGCGUCAGCAGCAAUCAGUCGAAUGUACCUGCUGCCUCGGAUAACCCCGACCCUCCUACCGUCAUUGUUCCCUCUAUAAGUGCCGACAACUCGCCACAAGACACAGAAAGUGAUCGGUUGAGGAAAGAAAUUAUCCGUUCGCUAAGCCGUGAGAACACGCCGUCAGACGAACCGGAGCUAGGGUCUCGACCACAGACUCGUGGUGGGGACAGUCUCGUUCCGAGCGAGUACGAAAAAUAUUGGAACAACGAAGCGAAUCGUAGUCCGCAAGAGAAGGCAGACCCUAUGCCCGACUACAACUCUCCCAGUACAAACUCGCCAGGUGUUGCUCUCAACGACACUCCCGUUGGCCCGGCGCCUGCUCCAUGGCAGGGCGAGUCCCAGCCAAAGUUGAAGAAGAAGUUCUCUUGGGAGUCUUCUGAAGAGGAGGAGGCUGAACCUGUAGCGGAUACCCAUGACCAGCCAAUGCAGAAUCCGCCAAUUCCUGGACAGCUUCCACCAGAGCCCGAUUCGCCCCCGAUGAUAACGCAGGAGCCUAACCGUCAGUCUAUGACCGAAAAGCCCAAGUUGAGCAUCAUACCUCCAUCUGCGGGGGAUGAAAGCAGUAUCAUCUCCGGUCGAUAUCUCCCUGAAGUUGUUCCUCAGCCUACGGAGCCGGAUGCCGCGCCGGAGAAUGAGGCACCUCAGCCUCCUGUACCAGUGCCUGCAGCACCAAAUGCCAUGCCUCCUGUUCCUUCAACUGUUUUGGGAUUCCGCGAUAUUCUCGGUAUCAAGUCGUCUGACGAACGAGUGCGACAAUUCGAACGGACUCGGGCUCAGUUCGCAGCAAUCGACACUGGCUUAAACCACUGGAUUCAAGUGACCAUUCACGCCCACCCUGAACAUUCAGAUAUUGUCGGACAGAACCUAAAACUGUCGGCUGGCGCACAAAAACAGCUGGGCAGAAAAUUCCCCAAGCUACCAUCACUGGGCAAACACCCCCAUACCGAAGAUGCCCCUGCAGGCGCUGGACAUGCCCGACGGCCAUCUGCUCCUCUUGGUGCUAUGAUGAACAAGCAGCAAGUGGAACAACGUGGGAAAGAUCUGUUGCAUACUGCUGGCGUUUUGGGUGGUCAAGCGGGUAAAGCCGCCAAGGGCUUCUUUAACCGGGGACGGAGCAAAUUCAAGGGCAAUGAAAAGGUAGAUGCUUAA